UGGACGCCCCUCGUGGCUGCAGCUCAUCGCGACUUCGUGCAGAUUGUGGAAGCAUUGCUGAGGAGUGGAGCAUCGACGAAGUUGAAGACGAAAGACAAGCGAACAGCUCUCCAUAUUGCUGCAGACGAAGGAAAUGUUGAAGUGAUUCGAUCUCUGCUUGAGCAUGGCGCUGCGGUUGACGCUGUGGGUUGGAUGAACCGGACGCCACUGAUGAUGGCGGCGUGUCGUGGCCACAAGAACUGCGUGCGCUUAUUGGUGCAGCAAGGUGCCAGCGUGACCCGGACGGACGAU